AAGGGAGGAGAGGGUGUUGGGGUUCAUUCAAUUCUUCAAUCGUGACUUGGUGUUUUUCUUGUACCGAUUGGAUUUCUAUCCGCAUAGAAAGAGAUUGAACACCGUUUCCUUUAUUAUUGCAUGAAAAAAGUAUGUUGAUCGUAGAUACCUUGUUUUUUAUAUUUUUCCUUUCGUUUAUACCCAUCAGUUGGUUUAUUGAUGCUACAGCACUUGGUUUAUCUUCUUGGCCACCGACUGUGACCAAAGAAUUAGUUGCUUGGUGGGUUCGUUUAUGUGACCCACUACUUGGCAAUCCACCUUUGUGGUUUCGUGCAAUGACUUGGUUCGAGGUGACUAUUUAUCCCUUUUUCUGCACAGCUUGUUGUGUGGCUAUAUAUCGUGGACUCGGGAAGAGUCGAUGGAUACGUAUACCAGCCGUCGUGUUUGCUUCCAUCAUUGGAUACUCAUUUUUGUUUGUCAUAUCGGAAUAUGUAUUUGGAAGAUAUAAGAACCCUGCACCUUGGAUAUUCACGUCGGCGUAUUUACCCUAUUUCGUUAUUCCAAUAUUAUUUGCUUAUCGUACUUAUCAUCCAGCGAAAAGUGUAGCCGGUGGUAAAAAGAGACUGAGUAGAGAAAGCAAAACAUCAUCUACAGAAAUCGUGAAAACGAGACAAACAAAGAGACGCAGUAGUGGAACAUUGAGUACUAGUCAGUCCGUUCAGGAAGAAAAUGUGAUCGCUUCCAUUGAUGAACCAAGAAGGUUGCGUAGUCGAGAUGCGUUAAAGAAACCUUCUCGAACGUGAAAAGUACCCAUUCAAACUCCUCUUACACAACAAUAUAUAGUCAUACGAUAGGAGAGAUUCACAACUUCUUUUUUUGGACAAUGAAUGAAAUGAGCAAAUGCUGGUUUCUUCUUCCUUUCU